UCCAACUUGCUACACCAAACCCUAAUGUUCCUAACCACAACAUGAUGGCUUUUACCCCUUGCUAGAUGUUGUGGCUGCUCUCUCCUACAAAGACUGUGACUGCUUUGAGUGUUAUUGAUUUGUCCCGGUACUUUGGGGACGAUUGAUGUAACAUCACAAAACCAACAAAAGAACAGAAGAUGUUUCCUUUAUUCAGGUGCAUUAUUUUGUGCCAAUUGCAAGGUUUCAACUUGCUUCCUGUCACUUAAAUGAGUUUGAAAAGUUGAAAAGGUCUCACACGUUAGUGUACUUGCUUGUCAGCACAUCAUAUGUAACAUCAUAUGUAACAUCAUAUGUAACCUCGUGUUUACUGUAUUCUUGUAUAACUGGAGAGAGAGAGAGAGGGUGGGGAAUCACUCAGAGAGAGAGAGAGAGAGAGAGAGAGAGAGAGAGAGCGAGCAGGUGAAACAUCAGCGCGAAAGGGAGCAUGAGGCAGUAUUCUGAUUGAAAGCACUAGUGAUAGAUUGUCUGUCGUCCGUAUUUGCUGUUACAGAACGACUUGGACAUGGAUCGAGGUUUCUACAGAAAGGUGGAUGUUCCAGACCACGUGCACUACAUCACGGCUUCCAUCGUGGCGGUCAUCGGGACUGUGGGCGUCAUCGGGAAUGCACUCGUUAUCUACGCAUUCUUCUGUAACAAGAAACUACGCUCUCCACCCAACUACUUCAUUAUCAACCUUGCUGUGAGCGACCUCCUCAUGGUCAGCACUCAGUCGCCCAUGUUUUUUGUCAAUAGUUUGUAUAAGGAGUGGGUGUUUGGAAAAACAGGGUGUGAGAUCUACGCCUUCUGUAGUGCCUUGUUUGGCAUCACUUCCAUGAUUAACCUGGUGGCCAUCUCCAUCGACCGCUACAUAGUAAUCACCAAGCCACUGCAGGCGAUCGGCUGGAACUCUAAACGCCGGACGCUCAUCAGCAUCCUGAUAGUGUGGAUUUACUCUCUGGCCUGGAGUUCAGCACCCUUACUUGGAUGGAGUUCCUAUGUACCAGAAGGCUUCAUGACUUCUUGCACGUGGGAUUAUGUGACGUCAACUCCAGCUAACAAAAGCUACACGCUCAUGCUGUGCUGCUUGGUCUUUUUUGUCCCCUUGGGCAUCAUAUCGUACUGCUACGUCUUCAUGUUUCUAGCGAUUCGUAACACGAGCAGAGAUGUCGAGAGCCUGGGGACCCAGAUGAGGAGUACCACACUGGUUCAACAGCAGUCUAUAAAGAGAGAGUGGAAACUGGCAAAGGUCGCCUUUGUGGUCAUUGUCGUGUUUGUGCUGUCCUGGUCACCUUACGCCUUCGUUACUCUCAUCGCCUGGGCAGGGUAUAGCAGCAUCCUGACACCGUAUUCCAAUGCAGUGCCUGCAAUCAUUGCCAAAGCCUCUGCCAUUUAUAAUCCUUUCAUCUACGCCAUCAUUCACUCCAAAUACAGGGACACUCUGGCUGAGCAGGUUCCGUGUCUGCACUUCUUGAACAAGCGUACUCGUAAGCAGUGCGUCCCCGGUUCGAACAGUGGUUUUUCGUUAAGGAAUUCGGUGCUCAGCGUGCAGUCAUCGGGGUCAAAGACAAAGUUCCACUCGGUGUCUUCAGUGCUCACUGGACACACGGUUUGUAGUGGUGUUAUGUUGGAUCCGUUGGCCCAGCAAGCUCCAUUGCUCAGCAGUUCCCAAUCAGCUAACCAGCUCACGGAGGAGGAGCAGAGACAUCAACUCCGGCUGGAAAUCAACUUCAAGGACUUCCUGUCUCAAGAGAAGCCAGCCAUCAGCAGUCAGUCACUACCCGGCCACUCAGGGAAUGAUCUGCUUGAGGAUACAAAGUAGAAGAACGAGAAGCAAGCUGCCCAGACUGGAGAUUCCAACCUACUGCUGGAAUGGUUCCCAAUCGUUUCCUUAAAGCCUCUGGAGAUUCCUCACCUUCACUGAACACGAUCCUAAUCCUUCUCAUCCAAAUCUGUGGUAUAUAUGUUGUAAACAAACUCUAGAACUAACUCUUUGGAGGCCAAAUCUGUACCACCACACGUUCAUACAGUACACUCUACUACUCCUAUGCUGAAUUUUGAGUGGAGACCACAUCUGUACCAACACAUGUUGAUUUACUCCACUACUCUUAAGCCGAACUUUCUGUCGGGACCACAUCUGUGCCACAUGUUCAUAUACGGUACUACACUUUUGCUGUCAGUAUUGAUGCGUCCCUAGUCAUAUCGACUGCGUUUCAUAACGUUUUGCCCCGUCCCACACCACGCCACACCUUUCACCUGCCACAGCUACGUGGGUUUGAAAUCCUCUCACGAGUAAAUGGCAAUGCGAUGAUGAAAAGGUCCAUCACUUUGGACUUUAGCCAAUCUUCUCACACUGAUUUCAUUCAGGAAAACGGAAACCCACGACAAGAACAAUAUAUAGUAUGGCAAUAUACUUAUCACAGCAAUCUCUGGAACAUUUUUCAGAGUAACAGAGAAGUCCAAACCUUAAACACAACUUGGUUAUUUUUAGCAUUACCUUACCUGGCAUGACUUUUUUUUGUUUUUACGUAUAAAUUUCCUUUUUUUUUUUUUUUUAAAUACUAAAUACGAUUAUUUCUUCCUCUUUUUUUUCCAUUUUCAUUGUUGUUUUAUUUCUAUGCUUUUUUUUUAUUGUUUUAAACCACUUUAAUCUGUAAUAUUUAAACGACAGCGUGCUAGAUACAUUUAUCGUGGCUGACUGAAAUCUCUGAAAUACGUAGACGUAUUGAAGCACAAGUACCAAAACAUGCGAGGAGAGGACUGAAAUUGAAGUGAUUUUUAUUCCUAAUUUCUUUGUGGUUAUAACACUUUUUUUUUUUUUUCAAAACAAGUUAAAACAGUGGGAACAGUGGGACACCAGGGUUGUAACACAAAUCACCUUCUUUUUUUUUUUCGUUUACAGACAAAAAUAUAUUUAAAUAUACUGAAAAUUGUCAAGGGAGCAUGACUCGAGAGUAUACAAAGUUGUAUAUAGUGGCUUAGUGGUUAGUACAUUCGCCUCAUGCCUCUAGGGUCGGGGGUUCGAUUCCCACCGUGGCCCUGUGUGUGCGGAGUCCGCAUGUUCUCCCCGUGCUGCGGGGGUUUCCUCCGGGUACUCCGGUUUCCUCCCCCAGUCCAAAGACAUACAUGGUAGGCUGAUUGGCGUGUCUAAAGUGUCCGUAGUGUGUGAAUGAGUGUGUAUGUGAUUGUGCCCUGUGAUGGAUUGGCACCCUCUCCAGGGUGCCAAUCCUUGUACCCCGCCUUGUGCCCCAUGCUCCCUGGGAUAGACUCUAGGUUUCAAUCUGUCAAUGCCCUUGUUCUCUUCUGGCAGGGAGAAUGAGAACAAAAUGAACAAAAACCAAACACUCUUCCCUCGUGUUCACACCCUUAUCACGUUUGUAAUUUAUGUGACUAUGUGUCUAACUUUGGAAGAGGAUCGCCAUACAGUAUAGGAGUGACCCUCUAUAUAUGCAAUGGGAAAAAGCAGUUUAUUUGUGAGGUCUGAUACGUAAACCAGUACGCAGUAUUUCUCACACACUGCUUUGUGACGUUUGCUGGGAAACUUAUUUUAACUAUUUCUUUUGCUCCAUUUGAAUGAUUGCAGAUGUUGGUUUAAAGGUCCGGUCAGUUUAUAUGGCAAUGAAAUAUUCUGCAAUACGUUCUGAAAUGUGAACACAGUAUAUUAGUGUUUUUGUACGGGUUAUGCGCCAAGCAUCACUCAAGCCAGAAAAAUCAUUUACUGCAUUAGUUAACAUGAACAAACCAUGAAUUUCAGCAUUAAUGUACUGUACCGUAAUCCUGAGGCUUGUACCGUAAUCAUGUUUACGAAAUAUGCUGUGUUACAUGAUGUCAUUUAAGUACUGGUUCCCAGUUUGUCCAGUUUCUUUUGGUUUCUGAUGAGACUGAUCAGGGAACAGUGUAUAAGCUACUGUAUGUAUGUUAGGCACUAUGUUACUCAUAUCACUGUAUGCAGGAUUGUGAGUCUGCAUAAAAUAUACAUCGUGCACUUGAGAAUACACUUUAUAUUACCAGUGACGACUCAGUCGGACUUUCUUGUCUUGUUUUCUUUGUGUUUGAAUCGACCUGGUGUGAAAUAUCCGCUGCAUGAUCAUCAUCAUGUAUUUCAGUGUCACGUAUCUUCUCACGACUCGACAGUUUCGCUAGACGAUAUCCUUCCACGUGAACGUUGUCACCAAACGUUGUUUCUAAAAUUGUUUAUGCUAUCCAUCAGAACAGCUCUGAAAGCUGUCACUAUAGAACUGAAAACAUACACGAUAUGGCCAAAAGUGUGUGGACACGUGCCAAUCACACCUAUAUGUGCUUGCUGAACAUCCCAUUCCAGGUAUAGUCUCUCUUUCUUUUGCAAGAACUUGACAAUAUGCUUUAUUAUCUGACAACAAAUUGGCAUAUCUGUGGUAGUGAGGGGCUGAUGUAAUGCUUUUCCGACUGGCACAAAAACAACACUGAACAUUGCUUGUUC